UAUCCAACAGACAGUAAGUAAUCUCGCUAUUGUUCUUCUGUAAACACGACACGAAAAUCGUCAUAGAUCAUCGAUACUUAUGCAAUAAGACUUGAACAAUAAGCGAGUUGGUCACAUUCGAAAAUAAUCGAGAAAAGUAAGACUAUCGUAUUAAAUGUUUCGAUUGAUCGAUUCGCUUACCUCUCAAGUUUUACUACUUACAUCUUUCCGUCUGCAAAUAUUUACACGGAAUUGAAUCGUAACGAAGCAUCCCCGUAAUUAUGUAUCAACGUAUCAAGUAAUUGCCAACAUACGUCUGGCAAACUACGAUUCAAAAGUAGCCAAAGGAUCGCGACAUUGGCGAUUCGAAAAUGGAAUCCAAUCCUAAAGAAUCCAGUCGAAAAGACUGUUCAAACUUGCGAGGAAGAGAGAGAAAGGUCGAUCUCAUCAGCACAUAUUCCGGUGUAACUUGCAAAGCUGAUAAUUGUUAUCACGCUACAAACUCGAAAUCUAGCCUCGAGAUUCGUUACGUUAACUCUGCUAUUUACACGAAACCCGUCAGCGAAGAAGAGCGAGACGCGUUGAAGAGCGAGAUUCGAUCCGAAUUGAAUGAUCGUCAGCGAGAACAUCGUUAUAAAAUGCUUAUCGGUCGUGGCGGUUCCAAAUCUUCGGUCAUCGAUUUAGCUGAUGUCGCGCUUCAUACCGCAACGGAGGAUGGAACAAGCGAACAAGCAAUCACCGGACAAAAUACCUAUAGGUGCUACUCGACGACGCUCCCUGACGCUACGUUGUGCCUCGAACGUUCGACAACUCGCUCCGUAGUCUCGUCCGAGACUAUCGCACGAGUAGAACGACGAUGCAAGAUCGAUAGCACCGUGGAGAAUGUUUGUCAGAACGAAGCGGUGCGGCGCGAGAGGUACGAUGCGCUUUUCCUCAAUAGUUUGCUCCUCCUAUUGCGCAAUUCUUAUCAAAUUAAACUAGCUACCAUGGCUUACGACAAGUUGGCGCUUUUCGAUAAGAAACACUUUGCAAAAAGACAGACGAAUGAGGAAAGAUUAUUUAAUUUUCUAAUCUUGAUAAGACACAAAAUCGUGUACACCCUAACGUUCUAUAUUCUACUUGAUCGCAGAUAUAUUGAUAUGGACAAUCGGCAGGUCAUGCGAAUUUCCAUAACAUCACUCUCCGAUCCAGACGUCAGCAAUUGUCGGCAACUGUCGAGCGGAGGAACUGACUUUGCUAGGCGAAUUGCUUAUUCGGAAUGGAUACGCAGGAAGCAUAAAGCUGCACAACGUAAACGAGAGGAUGAGGAACGUGCGAUGAAGAAGCGUCAGGAGGAGGAGGAGAAGACGACACAGAAGAAGGAGGAGAGAGCUCGGCUGGAAAAGCAGAACUUUCUCAAGUGGAUAGAGGGGAAACGGCGGCAAGAGCUCGACAGAAAAGCGAUGCUCCAAAACGAAUUGGAAUUGCAGACGCGACUGAAGGAGAUUGAGGAUAAAGCCGCCAUAGCGAAGACUCUGUACCUUCGUCAGUGGAUUCACAAGAAGAAGGAAGAACAGAAAGUUCGGCACAAAGAACAGGAGUCGAGGCAAAGAAAGAUAAACGAAGAACGCGAGGAAAGACUGGAGCAAUGUUCGAAAGCUUACGAAAGAUGGAGACAAGAUUCUAAAAAUAGACCUAAGCCCGCCACGCAAGGAUUACUUCCACAUCAGAAAGCAAAGCCGGCGUAUGUAAAUCCGAUUCCAUGGCAACCAAUCGUAGAAAUUGAUUCCGAUGAAGCUGAGGAAGAUGCGCUCAAUGAUAAAAAUAGAGAUGCUAGUCAGCUGAGGAUGAACAGCGGAAGAACAGUAGUGGCUCACCAAUGAUUGCAAUCGAGAGAGAAAUCACUUAUACUACACUUUAUCUCAAAUAUACGAUUCCAUUGACAAUAAUAUUUAGUAUGAAAAAUCAAAGGGUUUAUUUGAGAAUUAAGUUUCGAGGAAUCUCAUUUAAAGCGUUCUAAGUGUUCAGUUCCCAAAAUGCUUAUAAUUUUACGAAAAAUGAUUAUUUUCUCCGUAAAAGGUUAGAGAGAUAGUUUGUUUUUAAAUUCGGAGGUCAUACGUUUAAGACUUGUUUAAUGAUGGCGGGAACGCCAUAUAUGCAAGAAGAUGUGAGAUUGGUACAUUAGCAACAUAUAAAGACAGUGUAAUAAUAACAUCAUAUUCUUUUUACAUCUGCCAGCUUGAUUAAAGAGUGAUUUUAAUGAUGUAGGUUUGUUCACACGUUUAAUGACAAACUGUGCUACAUGAUACAAAGUAUUUGAUUAUAACAAGACAAAGCAGGUUUUGUAACUUUGUAAUCUGUCUCUCUCUCUCUCACACACACACACACACACACACACACACACCUCCCUUUCACUCUCAACCUAUUAUUAAACUAUUACACUUUUAACUCUUCUAACGCGAGAAGAAUACAUUUAUUAUUUCGUAAACUAAUAAUUGUGUAGUAUGAGAAAUAUCGUAAGAGUUUCUUAUCAUCUACUUGCCAUAUGUAAGACACAUUAUUUUUCUUGGACAAACAUACAACUCUUCCUUCAAACAAUGUUUUAGAGUUCAUGCACGUUUGUUCGCACACUCGUCAUCGUUAUAUACAAUAUGCACAAUAUUGUUACAUCCUUACCAAGCGCAUUCUACAGUAAAUUUACAAUUGAGUUGGUAAAUUUUCGACAAUUGGAAACGGAUCGCGAGCAGAUCGGAUGUAUAAUCGUAUUUUACGUAUAUGCGUGUACGAAAGUAUACGCAACUGUCACAUGUAGGUAUGCAGUGGAUAUUGCUUUUUAUACAUUGUAUUCCGGUAUACACUUGCGUGCUUUCUUUUCUUCACGUAAUCUUCGCUGACUUUUCUUUAAAAGAGGAAAAGGCAAUGAUCCGUGAGGGUAAUGCGAAUAUAUAUUAAUAUUAACCGUCUGUGAGAUUCGCUGUUUUCCGAUAACGCGAUGUGAUUCGUUGGUCAUUUCUGAGCAGUAUCACUUUUUUAUGUAUAAAAAAUGUAUGAGUCAAAAAAAUGGGGAAAAAUUUUGUUUCUCAUUAUUUAAAGUUUUUAGUUUCUAUUCAAAAUGUAUUGUAGCCUGUUUGUAGUUUUUAUUUUCGCAAAACACAGAAGAAAGCAUUUAAUUAUUGACUGUUCUUAAGACGAAUCUUACAGAGAGUUGACGGUAAACGAUAGUAUACUUUUCUUUAUUCAUUGCUGGCGCAACUAUUUCAAGUCGAUCGAUCAAUGUCAUAUCGAGUAUACAAUCACGUGAAUCACGUAUGAAUCGAAUAUUAUAUACAUUGAUCUAUGUGUCAUACAAAGCAAGAGGAGCACGAAUGUUAUGUUUAUGAUUUCUAUAGAAAAUUUCGUUAAAAUCUUACAUCUGACUCUGAUUUCGGUUAUUUUACAACUUUGAAAAACUAGGUGAAAAGAAAUUAACUGAAAUUUAUUUUGUGAAUUAUAGAGAUCAAUUCUUGUCAAUACUAUUCACUCACGUAUCUCUUACAUGAAAUUUCUUCAUAGUUACACGAAAAUAAUUUCUCGUUACCCUCUAAUUAAUGAAUCUUCCAGUGUCUGCGCUACCUACACAAUGACGAAAUAUUGCGAUGAAAAUUCUAUAAAGACAUUUUUACCAAAACGGAUAAAGACCAUAUAAAAAAGAAAAUAUCAAUUCAAUUCGACGUAUAAGAUCAAUGAUAUAAAAAUAUUAUAUAUUGUACACGUGUUUUUGAUAUUAUACAUACAGUAUAGUUUUGAUAUAUACAAGAUGUCCCAGACUCUCCUUCGUAAUUUUUGUACGGAUGUACGGGAUGUACGGAUUGAGAUAAAUGUAAAAGUUCCAUAUCGUUUUGCGAUAUUCGUAAUAAAUCUCGAAAUAUUAAUUAAAGAAGAUUAGUGAAUGAUCGAUAUGGUAGAUAAGCUGUGGCGCCAUCUGCCACUGUAUAUUUAUAUAUUAGGUCA